AUGAACAUCCGCGCUCUGCUCGGCCUGCCGCUGAAUCUUGUCGCACUCCUCACGCGUCGAAUCGCGUCACCCCUCGCGCCUGCUCUUUCCUCCGGUAUCGCCUACAGAUCCGCUACUACCAUGUCCAUCGACAGUUCCAAGAUGAGCGUGCUUGAAGCACCGCUCCAGCCUUUGACCAAAGAGGGCGAUUCGUCCCAUCCUACAGGGUACCAGCGAGAUGGGUAUUGCUGGGGCAUCAGGCAGGAUCCGGGACAGCAUUAUGUCGGAGCGGUGGUGACGGACGAGUUUUUGCGAUUCAGCAAGGAGAACGGGAACGACCUCAUGACUCCGCGUCCUGGAUUCGCGGGGCUGAAGGACGGCUGCAAGUGGUGUCUCUGCGUCAACAGGUGGAAGGAAGCGUUGACAGCGUCUGAUCGGCUGGGAGAAAGGGUCGUGCCGAGGGUGGACCUCUCAGCAACCGCUUUGGCAUCUCUCAAGACGCUCAAGAUGGAGGAUCUGCAGAAGCACUCUGUAUCAAAGUAA